AUGACACCGCCACUCAUCGACGCUCAUUGUCACCUACACGACAAUCGACUGUGGUCUCCAAACUCUCCACCGAGCCACGAACGACUCGAAGGUGUGCUCGCGAGGGCUCGAACAGCUCAUCUGACCCACGUCGUGUGUUGUGCUACGCACGAGCAAGAUUGGCGUACCCUCGAACAACUCAUAGAGCAACAGAAGACGAAGAGCCAUAGCUCCAUGGUGAUUGUACCAGCUUUGGGGGUGCAUCCCCGGUGGGCACCUGAGCUGGCAUUCAGUAUUCAAGACGGAUUGGCGUCACUGCGCGACAAGUUGGCAAUGUACCCGAGAGCAAGCGUGGGCGAAAUCGGACUGUGCAAAAGCACUCGAGGACGAACGGUGCCACUGGAUGUGCAAGUUGCAGCGUUCCGAGCCCAGUUACAGCUAGCGGCGGAGUUGGAGAGAACCUGCGUGCUGCAUUGCGUGGGCUAUCACGGCAAGUUGCUGGAGAUUCUGCUCGGAGUUGCACAUAACUUGCCUCCAGUACUCGUGCUGCACUCCUACAGCGGAUCGCCGGACAUGAUGCGGUCCUUCCUCGCUCUACGUGGUUCCCGAGUCUUUAUCUCGCUGAACGCCAAGCAGCUGACAGAUCCGCGGAUGAAAAAGGCUGCAGCUUGCUGCAAGGCAUUACCAAUUGAAGCACUGCUGCUCGAAACUGACGCCCCCGAUCAGGCACCUUCUGUCGAGCUUGUGGAACAGGCGUUUGAUCAGGUUGAUGAAGCACCGCUAAUGCUGCGAGAGGGCUCGACAGGUGUAAAUGAACCUGCUCUCGUCAAACUUGCGCUGUUAGGAGCGGCAGAGAUCCGAGGUGAAGCGCCUGACAAACUAGCGGCUGCGGUGUACCAAAAUUGCAAGGACGCAUUUGGCCUCGACAAUGUGGCACAAGAGUGA